AUGCGGAUCCGCCUAUACUCUACCUUCGCGGAUCUGACGAAUGCUUCCGUCAAGGUGAAUCGUGAAGGACUGUGGAAGAUUAUGCAGAAAUUCGGCUGUCCGGUGCGAUUCAUUCAGGUGGUGCGUCAGCUGCACGACGGUAUGAUGGCGCGAGUCACGGACAACGGAGCUGUCCCAGAGGCAUUCGCAGUGACCAUCGGAGUGAAGCAGGGAUGCGUGCUGACGCCUACCCUCUUCAGUCUUAUGUUCACUGCCAUGCUGAUGGAAGCCCACCGUGAUGAACGCCCCAGGAUCCGCGUUGCCUACAGGACGGACGGUCACCUCCUGAAUCAACGGCGGAUGCACUUCCAGUCGUGCGUAUCCACAACCACCGUCUACGAACUUCUCUUCGCCGACGACUGCGCCCUGAACAGCAUCUCGGAAGAGGAGAUGCAACGCAGCAUGGACCUAUUAUCCGCCGCCUGCGAGAACUUUAGGCUGGUUAUCAACACGCAGAAGACGGUGGUGAUGCAUCAACCGCCACCCUACUCAGCCACACCCCCAACGCGCCGCAAAUCAGCGUGA